AAGAACAGUAUGAGCUGUUCAACUAGUCCAAUCAACUAUCGUCUUUUAUAUACUUUAGAAGGACACAAAAAGGCAGUUUCAAGUGUAAAAUUUUCACCCAAUGGUCUCUACUUGGCUUCUUCUUCUGCGGAUAAAACGAUAUGUGUAAGGAAAGGAGGUACCCAAAGAAAAACAGCUAAAAUAGUUUAUCAGGUUUGGGAUGUCUUUUCUGGAAAAGUGAUUACAGUGUUUCAAGGUCAUCGACAAGGCAUUUCCGAUAUAAGUUGGUCUCCUGAUUCUCGUUGUCUUGUUUCUGCUUCCGACGAUAAGUGGGUUAUUCUUUGGGAUGUGCGUGGGAAUACGAGGUCAAGAAUACUAAAAGGACACGGAAACUACGUAUUUUGUGUGGACUUUAAUCCUGCGGGAAACGUAAUUGCUUCAGGUUCUUACGACAGUUCGAUUAGGAUUUGGGACUCUGGAAGUGGUAAAAGCAUACACUCUUUCAUUGCACACACUCCAGCGGUAACUGCAGCGCACUUUAACAAGGAUGGUUCUCGACUAGUUUCUAGUGGAUAUGAUGGUCUUUGUAAGAUAUGGGAUUGGAGAGUUGGAGGUUGUGAGAAGAUUCUGCGUAGUGAAGAAUAUCCAGCAGCUACUUCCUUUGUUAAAUUUUCUCCCAAUGGCAAGUAUGUUCUUACUGCUUCGUUUGAUAGCAAACUACGACUAUGGGACUAUGAGAGAAAUAGUGUAGUGAAGACUUUUUCUGGGCAUGUGAAUAGUCGAUAUUGUAUCUUUUCCACUUUUGUUGCCAGUCGUAGACCAUUGAUUGCUUGUGGUUCCGAGAACAAUUUCGUAUAUAUAUGGGAUUUGCAAACGGAAGAAAUACUUCAGCAGUUGGAAGCUCAUGUUGAUGUAGUUUUAUCCGUGUCUUCGCAUCCUUGUGAACCAUUGUUGGCUUCGGGUGCUUUGGAAAAGGAUAAAACCAUCAAAUUGUGGAGAAAUGAUCAGUCCAUCUAAAAAAUGUGGGCAAUGAGGAUGUCUUAUGGGAAGAGCAUAUACAUAUAUCCUUGUUCCAAUUGUAUAUGGAAUAUUUGUAAAAGACACAAAAGGUUUGAGAAUAUCUUCCAAAGUUUGUCUUUUGU